AUGACAUCCACCCAUGGCGCCCAGGGACAAACUCUUGGUACAGAGCACAUUACUCUUGAGUCACUAGAACCUCAGAGUGAACAUCCUGGAUUAAAUAUUUCAAGUGAUUCGCCCGACAAUUUUCCAAUGCUAGAGAGAUGGAAUUCUCCACGCAUCAAUAUUUAUCGGUCUUUGUCGACCUUCUGGAGCUUCCUAGUCAUGGGUGCAAAUGACGCUGCGUAUGGGAUUGAUUAUCAUUCCGUCUAUGCAAUGUUACGCGGAAACUAUCCAUGCCAGGAUGAAGCUUGGCCUGACCAUUCACAGCUCGAGUCAUACUACAACCUUAGCUACACCGUCGUGUCACUUGUUUUCUUAUCGCCUCUAGUCGGCUAUACUCUUGCCGCAUUUUUGAAUCAAAGGAUUCAUAUCUCUCUCGGGCGCCGUGGCCCCGCAUUAAUUGGGCCAGUGUGCCAUCUAAUCGCCUAUGUCGUGAACUGUGUACAUCCACCUUACCCAGUUCUUGUAAUCUCCUUUAUCUUUGCUGGGUUCGGUAAUGGGAUUGAAGAUGCGGCCUGGAAUGCUUGGGUGGGAAAUAUGGCGAACGCAAAUGAGCUUUUGGGCUUUCUCCAUGGGCUUUAUGGGGUUGGUGCUGUUCUAAGCCCCUUGGCAGCUACUUCUUUGAUAACGAAGGCAAAUGUAUCAUGGUAUUACUUUUACUAUAUUAUGGUGGUGUGCGCAUCCAUUGAAUUGGUCGUCUGUGGGAUAUGCUUUUGGGAGUCUACAGGAGCGGUUUUCCGGGCUGCUAACACCCAUGCUACUGGAGAGAACAAAAAAGGUGGACUACGAGAUGCGCUGUUUAAUCGACCCUCCGCAAGAGUAACCUGGCUAUGUUCUUUAUUCUUGCUGGGUUAUGUAGGCGUUGAAGUCGCACUCGGUGGCUGGAUUGUCACGUUUAUGAUGCGUGUUCGAAAUGGGAGUGCCUUUGCUAGUGGUAUGACAGCCACCGGCUUCUGGCUGGGAAUUACUGUGGGUCGAAUUAUCUUAGGAUUUGUUACACCACGAGUAGGCGAGAAGCUAGCGAUUGCAGGAUAUAUCAUAUGCUCGAUGGCAUUUGGAUUGGUUCUAUGGCUUGUGCCUCAAUUUUAUGCAUCAGCUGUGGCGGUUUCAUUCCAAGGAUUCUUUUUGGGGCCAUUAUUUCCCGGAGCCAUCGUGAUGGUGACAAAACUUCUUCCCCAGCACCUUCAUGUUAGUUCAAUUGGGUUUGCUGCGGCAUUUGGAGGAUCUGGAGCUGCCAUACUCCCCUUUGCGGUCGGUGCACUCGCCCAAGCCAAAGGCGUUAGUGUCCUUCAGCCGUUUAUCAUUGCCCUAUCAGGGGCAAUUUUUGUUGCAUGGCUAGGAUUACCGCGGGCUUCAAAGCAAAAUGUGCAAUAA